AUGGGGGGUUUGGGAUUUCCCGCAGAGAGGUUUGGGCCUGUUCGAUGGCGGUGGAUGGAGAUGAGGCUUUUAGGAGCUGUCACCCGCCACAUGAGCCAUUACAGCGGCAGCCACAAAAGAGGGUGCUCCACAGGACAGCGGAGAGCUUCAUCCCACAUGCUCAUCGACCCUGAACUGUCUGUGCUGCCAGGGCUGCGCAAACUGUGGUGCGGCUGCGUGUGGCUGGGAUCUGCUGGUGCCGUUUUGAAUGUUAUAAACUUGUCUCUCUUUGGUUAUGUGGUUCUGUGA